AUGGAUGUGGAAUACUCCUGCUUACAAAGAGAAGUAGAUGCUUUCAACACUUGUUUUUUGAGUGUACCUAUAUUAUUAUUAUUAUUUUUUUUUAUCAUUAGGGAUAUUUGCCCAGUUUUAAAAGACUGUAAUGCAUUGAGAACAGUGACAGAUCUCUUUACAGAUCAUUUGCAAAAACAUUUCCCAAAGAUUGAUGCUAUUGUUGGUCUUGAUGCCAGAGGGUUUUUGUUUGGUCCUCUUGUGUCAAUGAAUCUGAAUGUGCCCUUUCUACUAAUACGCAAAUCAGGAAAAUUACCUGGACCAACCAUCAAGGUUUCAUCUACUAAGGAAUAUGGAAAAGAUGUCCUAGAGAUUCAAGCAGAUGCUAUACAGAAAGGACAAAAAGUUGUUGUUAUUGAUGACCUUCUUGCAACUGGAGGUAAGUUAGUAGACCUUUUGUGUGUGAUGUUAUUAUCAAACAUGAGCUCGGCAGUUUCAUUAAUGAAUUCAGCAGGAGGACAACUGGUUUUCACCAAAAAAAAAAUAUUCUGAACUGAACUUCUUCAUGAGAAGAACCUUCCUUGAGAUGGGCAGAGUGUCACUAUUAGUAUAUCUCAUAUUACUUAGCAAUGCACUUUUCAGUGCAUAGUUAAUUUUCUGAGAGGCAGGAUUUUGUUUGGAAAGGUUCUCUGAAUGAGGAACUAAAACUGAGUAAGUAAUAUACAGCCUUUCAAACACAACUGGCUCAUAACUCUGCAAUAAACUCUGGAUCUGUAGCAUGAAAGGGUUGGGAGUAUUGCUACUCCCUCCUGGAUGCGUUGCUAGACAGUCCAUCACAGGUAACUCUCAGCAUUGUCUCAGCUGUCCUAAAGGUUGGCACACAAGAGGGGACUAGUCGCUGCGACUAGUUCCUGCAACUAGUCCCGUAAAGAGUUUAGAUGGAGGGACUGGUCGCAGGAAGUUGUCCCACGAACAGUUCUGAAUCACACAAAGCAUUUUGAGGAA